GUGCAGGGUGCAAUUGUAAACACACACACGACAGGCAUGUAUACAUAUAUCCUACGGACUGACAAAGCUGACCGGUUUACGUAGGCCAUGUCUACCGCUACAUUUAACUCGGCCACAUAUUUGAGGUUGUGUAGGUCAAUACUAUCGGUCGAUUUAUUACAGAAGACGUGUCUUGGUUGAAGCGGAUUUGAGUUCCAAGUGGCGCAUUCCUAGGAAGUUAGAUUGGCUAUAGCCCUACAUCGUGAUCGUGGCUUUACAGACCCUGUGUUCAAGGGCUGAACACAUGCAGUGGCCUCCACAAGGCUGUGUUGUGCAGGAUAUACGUGGUGCAUAAGCCCAUCCGUGAGCCGCGACCUCUGACCCACAUUGACGGACGCCUCGUGUAAAUCGGCUGUGUAUACAUGCUUGCAGUAUACUGGGAACACGAGUGCUCCAUUCCUAAACGGCAGGAGACUGAUAAAGGCGAAAAACCAGGCUAUGGUACUGAAUACAAGGAAAAGAAGUGAUGAAAGCUUUGAGAGCAAGAUGUCCACGUCAGAAUGGAACCAGUAGACGAGGAUGAUGACGAGAGCUCACCGCUUAUACCCAAGUCCGAGAAACUCGCGCCAGAUGGCGCCAUCGGUUCGACGCCGAAAGUAAGUGGAUCUGUCGAGAAAAAUAUUCAUUUAGGUUCAGAGAAGUCGCGUCGCCAUCUAAACCCAAAGCAUUUGGCCAGACAGAGAAGCACAACAGUGCCAUCUAGCUUUCCAACUCUACAGACACGGAUAGUAGCGCCGACUGGUAGACAUAAACCCGUUCCAAAACGACCCCAAUCUCCAAGGCAGCCCACUAGCUCAAAGCCACUUUCGACCCCAAGGCCACCAACAACCCCAAGGCAGCCCAAGACACCAAGGCAGUCCGCGACCCCUCUGGAAAAUGAUAAACAUGGAUCCUCUUCUAAACGCGGUGGAGGUUAUGGCGCAGUGCAGAAGAUUGUCCAGGCCGCCACGCCUCGUGAUACGAACUCGCCCUCGUGCGACUCGGCUUCUGGUGAGGAGCUGCCGACAGAUGGCGCCUCAAGUUCUGAGUCGUCUGAUACUAGCGAAAGCUCUACAGAAGGAACUUUUUCCAUUCGUGGAUUGUCGGGGCCUCAGAAAUUCCUCCUUCUCAAUGUGUUGCUUAGCGAUUUCUUGACGUCGUGCUGCCUCUCCCUUCUGGCGCCAUUUUUUCCGCAAGAGGCUCACAACAAAAACAUCAGUGACUCUAUAUCAGGAUGGAUAUUUGGAGUCUAUUCCUUGACGCAGUUCGUUUUCGCUCCAAUAUGCGGGAAAUUGCUGCCGACUAUCGGAGGCCGGUUCAUGUACUUAUCGGGAGGGUUUUGGAGCGGAGCUUGUACCAUUCUAUUCGGAUUCCUACAGUACGUCCCAGUAGAUAACGACGGCGGCACCGCCUUCAUUGCCCUCUGUUUCUCCCUCCGGAUUGUCUUAGCCAUAGGUUGUGCAGCCCUACAAACUGCCGGAUACGCCUUUUCCUUCAAUGAAUUUCCAAACAGUGUGGCUACUGUUUUUGGCAUUAUGGAGGUGUUUGUAGGGCUGGGGUUCAUGGCAGGGCCGGCUCUAGGGGGCCUCUUAUAUGAGGUGGGAGGGUUCUAUUUACCGUUCGUCGUUGUUGGAGGGCUCAUUCUGGCGUCAGUCCCGAUUAAUUACUGUUUUAUACCGGAACUGGAAGAGGUGGACGAAGGUGAAGGAGAGGGCUCUGUUAUGAACCUGCUCAAAAUGCCGUCCAUUGUUGUCAUGAAUAUUGUUGUUGUUGUUGGUUCCGUUAUCUGGUCGAUCCUUGACCCGACUCUAGCCCCACGGCUUAACGAAUUCAGUUUGUCCCCCAGUAUCGUAGGCCUCAUAUUUCUACUGAUGUCAGCUUUUUACGCCUUGACGGCGCCACUCUGGGGGAGAAUGGCCGAUAAGAUGAAAGACAACAAGUUAUUACUGAUACCUGGCUUUAUUUUCUCGGCUAUAAGCUUGUUGCUGUUGGGGCCUUCUCCCAUCUUUGGUCUGGGUUCAGACUACAAUCAACUGUGGCUAAACGUUGUGUCCCUCUGUCUGUUGGGAAUCAGUUGUAGUCUGGCGAUCAUUCCGUCAUUCGACGUCUUCCUCGACUUGGCUGAGACGGUUGGCUUUGAGGAGAAUGUGAACACGUACGGAGUAGUGGCUGGGUUGUGGAGUUCUAUGAACGCACUGGGUGACUUCAUCGGACCAUCUAUCGGCGGCGUACUCCUCACGAGUGUUGGUUUUCAGCUCUGUAUGACGUACACAGCCCUUGCAUGCGCAGUCGUGGUUGUACUUCUGGUCAUGAUGGAAAUUGCCGAAAGAUGCGGAAAGAAAUCCAAGUCACUUUCAAACGACCUUGAAAACAAUGUGCAGACUAAGCAGACGGAAGACGAGUUGGACAGAGAAUCAUCAGUUAGAAAAGAAGUGGAAUACUAUGCAACAAAUCCCUACAUCACUACACACUCAGAGAUGGCGUGAUGGUUUUAUCCCCUGAGAAAUAUAGUCCAUUUGAGAUAUGUACAUAAGACAUGCGCAGUGUGUGCAGGUGAAGCGGAAAUUACACGCGCAGUGUGUGCAGGUGAAGCGGAAAUGACACGCGGUGUAUCAGUAACACUUCCAUAUAAUUUGGCCUGAUUUAAGAUCAUGUUGUGUGAUACUUAAAGUGUGAUAAAAAUACUGCCUAAUUAUUCAUAUACCGGUGCUAUUCUGAGACAGCAGGAUUUUUUCGCCGUUCAUUUUUAUAGUCACAAGAAAGUGCCUUCAAUGGAAAUCGGAAAAAACAGGACAAAUGUUUGCCUUGAAUACCCGUUCUUUCGUCUUGAAGACUGACUCAUACAAUAUGCUGAAGCAGCAUGACAUACGAUUGUUUUAGUUUUGUACAGACGGAAAUAUGUUGCCUUCACAAGAAAUUAGAAAUACAUGGAUAAUGUUUGCAUUUGCAUUUCCAUUCAUCUUGCAGAAUGGAUCCAUUUUUAAACUUAGGUCUGGAUUAUAACAUGGCAACCGAAAUGUACACAUGGAGGAAAGUGGAUGUGUGGUUAUUC